CAAAGGCAGCUUAGAUUGGUUUUCUGACCCAAUUCUUGGUGUUUCCGUAUCUCUCAGCAGUAUAAUAACAUGGCUACUUUUUGUUUUACAGUUAAAGUCCCACUGAAGAGGUUUCAGCUCCUUCAUCCUGACACACAAACUUUCCAUCCACCCAUCUUCCCAUUCUCUCAGUCCAGUUUGCUGCAGUUUUCAAUGUUAUGACACGAAGAAAAACAGAAUAUGCCCUGAUUACUUCAUGGUUUUUGUUUGGCAUGUUCUAUCUGGAGUUACUAAUUAUCUUGAUUUUUAUCUCUGCAAUUUUUCAUUUUUACUAAUUAAAUCCUGAAUUUUCCCAGGGUUGUAUAAAUCUUUCCUAAAACCUAGAAACACACCAGACAUUGUCAGUUUUUAUUUCCUGGAUACUUACUGAAGUGUCUUCCAGUCUGGAUGUCACUCUGGAACCAACCUGGGAAUCCCAUCUUCAGCCCUGGGAUUCCACUCACCGAGUGCAGUGUGCAAAUAACUGUCCCCAGAGAUGGAGCAAGAGCCAGACAAUGGAGAACCCGCUGAGAUUAAGAUCCUCAAGGAAGCAUACGAGAAGGCCUUUUUGUUUGUUAAUAAAGGACUGAACACGGAUGAGUUAGGGCAGAAGGAGGAAGCAAAGAACUACUACAAGCAAGGAAUAGGACACCUGCUUAGGGGCAUCAGUAUCAUGGCUGCAGAGCCAGGGUGCACAGGCCCCGCGUGGGAGUCAGCCAGGCAGAUGCAACAGAAAAUGAAGGAAACACUUCAGAACGUCCGCACCAGGCUAGAGAUUCUAGAGAAGGGCCUUGCCACAUCUCUGCGGAAUGAUCUUCAGGAUGUGCCUAAGUUAUACCCAGAGUUCCCUCCUAAGGAUACAUGUAAGAAGUCCCCAGAGCCAGAUUCGGAUAGUUCAGCCCCCCAGCAUGCUGAAGUAGAUGGGAGUGCCUCUGCUGCAGGUGCCGCAAGCGCUGGGCCAAGUGCUGCGCUCUCUGCUGGGCCCCUACCCAGCUGUCCCACCGAAGCGCCCCCAGCCUACACCCUCCAGGCUGCCGAGGGUCACUACACUGUUUCCUAUGGAACAGACUCUGGGGAGUUUUCCUCCGUGGGAGAAGACUUCUAUAGGAACCAUUCCCAGCCGCCCCCUCUCGAGACCUUGGGGCUCGAUGCAGACGAGUUGAUUUUGAUACCGAACGGAGUGCAGAUCUUUUUUGUAAACCCUGCAGGAGAGGUUAGCGCUCCCUCAUACCCCGGAUACCUGCGCAUCGUGAGGUUCUUGGAUAAUUCUCUGGAUACGGUUCUGAACCGCCCUCCUGGGUUUCUCCAGGUGUGUGACUGGUUGUACCCUCUAGUUCCUGAUAGGUCACCAGUUCUGAAGUGCACUGUGGGAGCCUAUAUGUUUCCAGACACCAUGUUACAAGCUGCGGGGUGCUUUGUAGGGGUUGUUCUGUCAUCUGAGCUCCCAGAAGAUGACAGGGAGCUGUUUGAAGAUCUGUUGAGGCAGAUGUCUGACCUUCGGCUCCAGGCAAACUGGAAUAGAGCAGAAGGAGAAGAUGAAUUCCAGAUCCCCGGGAGAGCAAGACACCCCUCUGAGUCACCGAAGGAAGCUUCUGGCACCUAUGUCAGGCAGGCGGGUUCUUCAGGUUCUUCAAUAGACCAAGGCAGUAAGGAUGCACGGCGUAAAGGAAAGCGUGGGAAAAAGACUAAAGACUCUUCAAGUGAAGAAGUUAAUUUGAGUCAGAUUGUGCCCUGUGAGCCAAGUUCAGAAGAAAAAUCGAAAGAACUCCCCGAAUGGAGCGAGAAAGUGGCCCACAACAUUCUGUCAGGUGCUUCCUGGGUGAGCUGGGGUUUAGUCAAAGGAGCUGAAUUUACUGGAAAAGCAAUCCAAAAAGGUGCUUCUAAACUCCGAGAGCGCAUUCAACCAGAGGAAAAACCGGUGGAAGUGAGUCCAGCCGUCACCAGGGGCCUCUACAUAGCAAAGCAGGCAACUGGAGGAGCAGCGAAAGUCAGCCAGUUCCUGGUUGAUGGCGUCUGCACAGUGGCAAAUUGCGUUGGCAAAGAGCUUGCCCCACACGUCAAGAAGCACGGAAGCAAACUCGUCCCAGAGUCUCUUAAGAGAGACAAAGACGGGAAAUCCGCUCUGGAUGGUGCCAUGGUUGUGGCAGCGAGUAGUGUUCAAGGAUUUUCAACUGUCUGGCAGGGAUUGGAGUGUGCAGCUAAAUGUAUCGUCAACAAUGUGUCUGCAGAAACCGUACAAACCGUCAGAUAUAAGUAUGGGCACAAUGCAGGAGAAGCUACACACAACGUGGUGGACUCUGCUAUCAACGUUGGUCUCACUGCCUACAAUAUUGACAACAUUGGCAUCAAAGCCAUGGUGAAGAAAACUGCGAAGCAGACGGGGCACACUCUCCUUGAGGACUAUCAGAUCAUCGACAGUUCUCAGAAGGAAAGCCAAGGAGAAGCAGCAAGCACAGUUGUGAGAAGAAAUACAGAAAAGCAGACAGAGGAAGAGAAGAAAGGGGCAGAGAAGAAAGAUAAGUAACAGGAGUUCUGGGAGUGACCUACACCAAAGCCUUACCAGAUGGAGCAGUGUGGGACAGCAGAUGUGGACGCUCCACACAGGAGCAGUGUUUUCUGUGUAUUCAUUCCUACAAAAUGGCUGGCAGAAGUUUGAGGCAUGUAUCCACUUACAAGAAAAAUAAUCAGUAUUCUUACAUCUGGCUUCUAGAAAUAUGCAGUUUAUAGUCUCAGUAAGUUUAUUUUCCACUAAAUGUAGCUAAAAUAUUUUUGCAGUUAAAAUAAAGCUUAUAAUAUAUGUGACUUAAACCUAAUGUCAAUCUAUUUUUAUAUGUGCUAGCUUUCAGAAAGCAAAGUAAGAAACUACACAUGACUUCAUAGCCAUGUUUCUGCUGGGAAAGAAUGACUUCAUGUCAUGUCCUUUUUUUUUUUUUUUUUUUUUUUUUUUUUGCACUAAUUGUGGAUCUUUGAGAUACCCAACAGAAUUUUCAGCAAUAUAAGCUAAAUAAAACCAUGAUCUUAAAGCUUGAUCUCAGAUAACAUUUUAGAAUUCUUUCUCCUAAGGGAAAGAGCCUGGCCAUGGACGUGCCAUGAAGUUCUGUAAUGUCAUCUCUUAUUUGCUAGAUCUCCUGCCUACUAGGAUCCAAAAUGGCCUUUUGAUUUAAAAUGAAGAAAAUGUUUCUUUAAGUCUUUAGGAUUUAGAGUAGGCAAUAUUUCGAUAUAAUGGUUUUUAUUAAUUCUUUGAGAAUUUUGUACAUGCAUGAAAUGUGUUUUGAUUACACUCUCCCCCUAACUCCUCCCAGGCCUACCCCCGCCCCUCCUCACAACUUCAUGUUCUUAUGUUUUAAAUAACCCACUGAGUAAUCUAAUUUGUGCUGCCCAUAUAUGCUCAUGGGUGGGGGCCAUCCACUGGAGCAUGGUUCAUCUACCAGGGACCAUACCCCUAAAGAAAACUUACUCUCCCUCACCAGAAGCCAGUAACUGUCAGUAGCUCCUCAGCUAGGGCUGGGGGAUUGUGAGACCCUGCCCGUUCCAUGCUGGGGAUGUUAACUGGUUUAUCUUGUGGAGGCAGCCUCCUCCACUGCUGUAAAAUUGUGAGUACAGGGGUCCUGUCAUAACCAGAAGAUGUCGGUUCAUUCAGUCUUCCUGGACUUCUGACUUGUACAGUCUUUUCACCUCAUCUUCCCCCAUGUCCCCCAAGCCUUGGAGGGGUGUGGUAUAGACUAGGAGAUUUUGAAGUAUGAUUGGUAUUCUAUUAAAAUUUGAAGUAAUUGUUAUUGGCUUUAAGAAAUCACUUUUCCAUAUCUGCUUCUGUAAAUUUUUUUAUAAAUUUACAGAAAGUAAAACAUAAACAUUGCAUUUGCUGAUAGUGAUAUAUUUUUACUCAGUCAUUGGAGUUUAUGCUAAAAGCCAGUAAGUGAUUUAAAAGGAAGGAACCUAUUCCUGUCAAGGUAAAGAAUAUGGAAUCCUUUGGUGGAUAGCGUCCACAUCAGCAAAAGACAGGAUAGACAUUUGAUGAUUUUUUUUAAAGCUACAAAUAUGCAAUUAAAUACUCGUGGUUGUUUUAUUUUAUUGUUGAUUUUUAAAGGUUGUUAUUGGUUUUUAUAGUUACAGUCUAUUGUAAUCAUUUCUGAACCUGUAAUUGACUAGCUUAUAGAUUUCAUUUGAAAUUGGUUAAUGAAUGUGCUUUGAGAAUAAAAUGGUCUCUGAAU